AUGCCUAUGUUCCGCUUCUGGGCGGCCGACUCGAGGGGAAGCGACAAGACAGCAGAGGGGCACCAUCAGCUGCCAGUCUACGCCGACCCUGUCGCUUCUGACCCUUCAGGACUUGCGACACCCAUAUCUCCGAAGAAGCGGCGGCCAAGCUUCGUCGACACCACUGCCUGCGCAUAUUCGUCAGACAAGCGCAUCAAGACAGAGCAGCAUGGCGAUUUGCCCUCCCCGGUGUCUGCGUCGCCGGAUCUUGAGGAGACGUUCUCGCUGCGUAGAGGCAACAUGGCGUUCGAUCUCGAGGCGGCAAGGGAGGCGAUUCAGAUGCAGUUUGGGCUUGAGAUACUUCUGAAGCACGACGAACUCCGGCUCAUCAACCAAGAGCUGGCCCGGUGCCAGGUUGCUCUGGAGCAGCUGCGGCGCUGCCACCUGAUUCCUUAUCCUGCUCAGUGUCCCACCCCUAGCCAGAUGCUGGACAUCAGCAGCGGCAAGGGCCCUGCCUUGCAAUCGAAUCGUGGCGAGCCUGUGCCAAAAUGGGCGCCGCCUUUUGGUGUUGUCGAAGGGCCUUAUGCACGCCAUUAUGCUAAGUGGCUGAUACCCGAUCCCAUGUUUGACGGUGUUCAACCGGAGCCUCGAGGCUUCGCGGAUACUGGGCGGGCUAGAAAUGCGGCGGAAGGUAGGACGACUCGAAGCAGCAUCUCGGACGCCGUGGGCCCUGGUAAACACCGGCUGGCCCGCGGCACAGCAGGUCAGAGACUACAAGCGCUAUUCAGUGGAUACCCGCAGCCGAAGGACAAGCAGUCGCCCUGCACUGUCAAGCGCUCUAAUGGCGUCACAGUGAAGCUUGUGUGCAUCGACUGUCACAGAUGGGACUUCUCUAGCACCCAAGGUUUCAUCAACCAUUGCCGCAUUGCCCACAAGAGGGAUUACAAGAGUCACGAGGAGGCUGCUAUUCAUUGCGGACAUCCUAUUGAGGUAGACGACAGCGGCGCUAUCCUUGGCGAUGACCGCAAGGCUCCUGCUGCCGCACCGUCCGGCUUGGUUCACCCCUUGGCGCGUUCCGAGAACAUCUCGGAGCAGCAAGCGUACAGAGACCUUCUCUCUCGUAUCCGUGCAUCUCUUGAACUUUACAAGGCCGGUAAGCUACCAGGGGUGAGCAGCAUCCCCGGCGUCCCGGCUUCCUCGCAAGCCCCAUCUUUCGAGUCUUGCCAGGUCUUCGAAGGGUCCUCAGACGUUCCUUAUCUGUCGCAACUGAUGCGAAAGAGGAAGCUGGGCGGGAACCUCAGGGAGCGAGUGAAGGACGCGAAGAUAAAGGUGGACCUGGAGUUGCUGUCUGCUGGACAAGACUCGGAUGCGGAUGAUGCGACCGCGCUGCAGGGCGGUGCUGCGCCAGCCAAGUCCUUCGCCGCCACCGCACGCACGCCGGCUGCGAUGAGAAUGCCGUCGAGGGCUACCGUGUCGCCUUCUCAGCCGCCAGCCGCGCACCGAGCCGCUAGCCAGAAGAGUCACCACACGGCGGACCUCGAGUCGCCUAAGCUUCCCGAGACCCCCAUGUACGAUGUCGAGAUGGAUGUGGACAUGAGUCCCAACACCAUGACUAGCAACAACGCGCCAUCGCUGGUUAGUGACGAUGGGGAGUACGAUGACUCGGAUGACGGGUCGGCUUCGGACACUAGUGACGUCAUGGGAGCAGAGUCUGUUUCCGACGUGGCCGAGAUCAACAUCGACGACGAUAGCGACGCCAGGGAAGACACGCCGCGACCGGUAUCGGCCCGCCGCCGCACAUCCGCCAGCAAGGCCGUCAAGCUGAAGAAGGAAGAGAGCAGACAUGUCACAUUUGUGAGCCCAACGCCCGUACCCCCCAAGACGAGGGGAAGGCGGAAGAAGAUUUGA